GGUGGAAUGGUUGGUAUCACAAUAGGACAGCCGUUUGAAGUGUUGAAAACGCGAAUGCAAGCACAGCACUCACCAUAUGCAGGUUCUUGGCACUGCCUCACCUCCACAGUCAACGGUGAGGGGGUGCGCGCCUUAUGGAAGGGCCUCAGUGCGCCGCUCAGUGGCGUGGCUGUAUACCAGGCUGUUUGUUUCGCCUCGUACGAGGCUACCAAGAGCAGCAUCCACCGCCACCGUCCAGGCACAGACUCCCAGUCCGCAGUGCUUAUUUCUGGACUGGCAUCGGGUGUCGCUACCACGGUCAUUACCACACCCACAGAUUUGAUCAAGAUACAGAUGCAGCUGGAUCGUGGCGUGGGAAGUGCCCGCAGGUAUACUAGCAUGUUUUCUUGCAUACGGGCCGUUGUCCGCCGUGACGGAGUGCGUGGACUGUACCGUGGUUACACCGCAUGUGUGGCUCGAGACACGCCGAGCACAUUAGCGUAUUUUUUCACCUACGAAGAGAGCAAACACUUGAUGAUCACACGGUUGCAGAUCAAUGAGCAUACGGCAACCUUUGUAGCAGGCGGUUUGGCCGGGAUGGCCAGUUGGGGCUCGAUCAUACCAAUUGACCGUGUUAAAACUCAGAUACAAGCCAUGGCAACGCAGAACGGCCGAAGCCCGGGCGUGAUGGAGUGCAUGCGCAAUAUAUUAAAAAAGGAGGGAUUCAGGGGACUCUACCGAGGGGGAGCUCAAUGUCUGUUGCGUGCUUUCCCUGUGAAUGCCGUGACUUUCCUGGUAUACGAGAAUAUGAUAAAGUUGCUCAAACCUCCGUAAUAAGUAAUAUACAUCAAAUGUAUUAAUCUAGACCACGCGGGCGAGAAUUGGUGUGCACAGGAAAUUGGUUACGAAGAUCAACACACGUACACGGAUGCACAUCCCGAUACGGAACAAUAUGCGAAUAACUCAAUCUGAUGUGAUUCGCUUUAAUCUUCUGUGGCCUGGCAUCGGAUGAAGUUGAAUCCAGAGCUCAAGUAUCAGAGCUGCGAUGUAUAUAGUUCGCAAUCAAUGGAGUGGGUAUCCGCUUAACCCAUUCCAAGCCCAUUGAUCAUUGAGAGAUACCCUGGAUUAAAUUAGCUAAGCCGUAUUACUGCCGUGAUUCCUGAAGUGGUGAUACGCUAGUAGCGUGGCGAAUGUAUAUAUAUCCUGACUUAUGUAUUGCCAUUGAGUCGGAGAAUGAUUAAGGUUCUCUCUUCAGUUCGUUAGAGCCACGAGACCGUCCUCGUUGGGUAUCGUACUGUGCUGUAAAACCUCUUUGAAUAAGCUGCUAUAGCAACUGCUACAUAUCUGAUACACUUUUGUACAUGUCACUACUUACAGAUAAUAAUUGCAUCAUAUUCUUGUCUAGAUACUCUGGCAAUGUCUAUCUGCAAUACGAUCCUUCGCACUUGUGGGCGAAAGUCGCGAACGAGAUCCCAUAUUGAAUAAAUAGGUAUCUUGUUUGAAUGAAU